UUAAGAUUUGAAGUACGGCCAUGGAAGAGUAACAUCCAUUCCGGAGUAUAGUAUUUCUAAUAAAUUAAGGACCGGAUUCCCUUUCCAAGCUUCAGCAAGCCAGAUAUGGCUCAAAAUAUGACCAGGAGAAGGGUUGUUUUGGUGCAGAUUUUGGCACUAGCCUUGGCCGCUGUUAUGCCAUUGCUCUCAGGAGGUGUGGAUAUUCAACAAGUUAGGGUGCUGGCAGCUAAAUUCAACGUGACUUGCGUAGUGGUAUUCGGAGACUCCAGCGUGGAUCCAGGGAAUAACAACUAUAUUGCUACGCCCUUUAAGGGUAAUUUCCUACCUUAUGGGAAAGACUUCUUCAGAGGCCACCCGACUGGACGGUUCAGCAAUGGAAGGCUAGCCACUGAUUUUAUUGCUGAAGCUUUGGGUUACACGAGCGAAAUUCGACCUUUCCUUAACAAGAGAUUGAGACCAGUUGAUAUCUUACAUGGUGUUAGUUUCGCAUCAGCUGCUUCUGGUUAUGAUGAGCUCACUGCCAAUCUCUCACAUGUCCUGCCGGUUUCCAAGCAGCUGGAGUAUUUCAGGGAAUAUAAGAUGCGGUUGAGGCAACUGAUUGGAGCGAGGAAAGCAGAAAAUAUUAUAAAAAAUGCGGUAGCUGUGAUGAGUAUGGGCACAAAUGACUUUCUUCAAAACUACUAUUUAGAACCCAUUCGCCCCAAGCAGUAUACUUUGGAAGAGUACCAAAAUUACUUGGCCUCUUGCAUGUCUGACGAUGUUAAGACGAUGCACAGUCUUGGGAUAACAAGAUUAGUGGUAGUUGGGGUGCCUCCCCUGGGUUGCAUGCCCCUUGUCAAGACUCUAAUGAACCAGGAAACAUGUGUGGAAAAGUAUAACAAUUUCUCCUCCUCCUUCAAUUCCAAGCUACAAUUCAAGUUGGAAGUCGCCAGGACAACAUUAGGGAUGAAAAUUGGCUACGUUGAUGCUUAUGGCAUCUUUGAGGACGCUGUCAAUAACUCCAAAAAAUAUGGUUUCAUUGAAGCUUCAAAAGGGUGUUGCGGGACGGGGACCAUAGAGUAUGGAGAUACAUGCAGAGGCAUGAGUACAUGCGCUGAUGCGUCAAAAUAUGUAUUCUGGGAUGCUGUUCAUCCCACUGAAAGAAUGUAUGAAAUAAUCGCCGGCCAGGCCAUUGAUUCUCUCCGGAAACAGCUGAUGACAUAGCUAGAAGCCUGCAAGCUGCAAUUUUGGGUAGAUCGGUGCGUUAAUUAAGUAUGCUUUGUACUAAGACUCUACGACUACAAGAAACUGUUUUGUGUACUUUAGCAUUUUGGCUUCUCCUUCUAUUGUUUGUUUAUCAAUCUAUCUACCAUUUUUGAGGUACGCUUGUUGGAUCGAAAAAGUGAAAGGUGGAAGGAAGGACCGAAAAAGUAGAAAAUAAAUAUAUUGAGUAUGCUUGUUUUUCUUUUUUUGGAGAAACAUUAUAAACUAUUGGUCAAUAAUAUACGUUUGAAUUUUUCUUUUU